AUGGUUUUAGUUCAAGAUUUAUUGCACCCAACAGCUGCCUCUGAAGCUAGAAAGCACAAGUUAAAGACUUUGGUCCAAGCACCAAGAUCUUACUUCUUGGAUGUUAAAUGUCCAGGUUGUUUGAAUAUUACCACAGUUUUCUCCCAUGCUCAAACUGCAGUUACCUGUGAAUCAUGUUCCACCGUUUUGUGUACUCCAACCGGUGGUAAGGCUAAAUUGUCUGAAGGUACUUCUUUCAGAAGAAAGUAA